AUGAAGCUGCCAAUGUAUUCAAAUUCCGUUUUAGUUGCCUUGGGUCUAUUUGCUUCUGAAGCUCUUGCAAGUUGGCAAUUCAGGUCCAGACCUGAUUUAGAUGUCCCAACGUUGAAUAUUACCAUUCCAGCCGAUGAUGAGACGUCUUCUGGUUACAUAUUCUGUGCUCCAUUUUCUGGUUAUGCUGACAAUACUAACCAUGGACCUCGUCAGGCUGCCCCUUAUAUUUUCACUGAAGAUGGUGAAUUAGUGUGGUCCGGAUUUAGUUACUUUUCUAUAUGGGCUACCAACUUCCAAGCUGGUAAAUGGAAUGGAAAGAAUGUCUUGUUUUCUUUUGAAGGUUCGCAUAACCCUGCAUAUGGCCAUGGCCAUGGCCAUAUCACCAUUUUGGACGACAAGUAUGAAACUAUUAAGGAAUUGAGGGCUGGUAACCACAAAAUAUCCGACAAGCACGAGUUUAACAUCAUUGAUGAGAAGACUGGCUUGAUUCAGAUAUACCAACCUGUUCCAAAAGAUUUAUCUGCUUACGGAGGAUCGAAGGAGCAGCAAUGGAUUGUCGAUGCCGUCUUCCAAGAGCUUGAUCUGGAAACAGGUGAAGUCUUGUUUGAGUGGUCUUCUCUUGAGCACGUUUCUCCAGAGGGCUCUGUUUUGCCGAUCAACCCAGGACAAGCUGGAUCUGGUUACAAUUCAAGUGAUGCCUGGGAUUACUUCCAUAUCAAUUCUGUUGACAAAGAUGAGAAUGGUGACUACCUUAUCUCUGCCAGAGACAUGGCUUCCUUAUACAAGAUCAAUGGUAAAACUGGAAAAGUUAUGUGGAAACUUGGAGGCAUUCCAGGCAACACUUCAAGUAGCUUUACUGAAGCUGAGAAGUUCCAGUUUGGUUUCCAGCAUCAUGCUAGAUUUGUGGCCACAUCUCCCGAUCGCAAGAAACAGAUUAUUUCAUUUUAUGAUAAUUCUGCCCAUGGAAGCGAGGACAAAAAUGGACAUGAAGUUCAUAUCGCCGAGCAUUCCAGCGGUAAGUUUGUGGAAGUGGACACUGAAAAAUGGACUGCCAAGUUAUUGAAUAACUACGUUCCACCUUAUCAACUUCUUUCUAAGUCGCAAGGCUCAACCCAACUUCUAGAAAAUGGUAAUGUUAUUGUCAAUUGGGGUUCUGAAGGUGCCAUGACAGAGUACACCCACGAGGGUAAAGUAGUUUUCCACACAUUCUUCGAUUCUGGUUCGCUUGGUGAGAACGUUGAGAAUUAUAGAGCUUUCAAAUUCGACUGGCAUGGAUAUCCAACAGAGCAGAUUGCAGUCUUUUCUGAGAUAACGGACUCCGGUGAUACCAUCAUUUACGUGUCUUGGAAUGGUGAUACGGAAACCAAGAAAUGGAAAUUCUACAGUGUUACUGAUGACGGUAGUAAGAACUUGCUCGGUGAAUCCAAAAGAACUGGUUUUGAGACUUCUUUCACUUCACCAAAUCUUACCAAAGCAAAGAUCAUUGCUGAGGCAAUUGACGUAUCUGGUAGAGUUUUGUCAACAUCAGAUGAAGUUGUGGCCGAAAAGCAGGUUUUACCUUAUAAGGCCAAUGACUCCUUAGCCAUAGGAACCAAAAAUUUCCGGUCUUAUUUCUCCUGGAAAGCUGCUCAACAAAUCUUUCUCUCCAACUAA